GAUGCAACCUCUCAAAUAUCGUCUUUAAAUAAGGUGAAAGAGAUUGAAUUUUGGAAAUCUUCAUUUAUCAAAUCUUUAUUCAUCGGUGUCCCUAUGUUCAUCGUCAAUAAUGUUUUUCCAGCUACAGACCUUGAUUCCUCAUGGCAUAUUUUCCAUGGAUUAUACAUGGAAUCUUUAAUUGAAUGGGGGCUUGCUUCUUAUAUCCAAUUUGGUGCCGGUAAAUUUUUCUAUAUCAACGCUUAUAAUUCAUUAAAGCACGGGUCAGGAACAAUGGAUUUGUUGAUUUGUAUUUCCACAAACAUUUCAUAUUUCUUUUCGGUGCUAACCAUUUUGAUUUCAUUCUUUAGAGGUUCUGACAAAACACCACCAAAAACUUUAUUUGAAACUGCUGUUUUGUUGAUCAAUUUUGUUUCAUUGGGUAAAUGGAUGGAGAAUAAAGCCAAGAGUGAAACUUCAUCUUCUCUCUCAAAAUUGAUUAACUUGACCUCAACUGAAUGUACCAUUGUUCAAGAACCUGAAAACUUUGAUUUGAAUUCAGUAAAUCAAGUCAUGACCAUUCCAAUCAACUAUUUACAGAUAAAUGAUAUUUUGGAGAUCAAAGCUGGUGAGAAAAUUCCAGCUGAUGGGUUUAUCGUCAGUGGUGAAUCUGAAAUUGAUGAAUCCUUAUUAACAGGUGAAUCUUUGCCAAUUUUUAAGAAAGAAAGUGAUAGAGUUAUUGGAGGUUCAAUUAAUGGUGUGGGUCACUUAUUUGUUAGAGUUACUUCAACUUCUGAAAACUCACAAUUUUCCAAAAUCAUCAAAUUAGUUAAAUCUGCACAAAUGAAUAAAGCUCCUAUCCAAAGUUAUGCAGAUUACGUUGCUGGUAUUUUCGUCCCAACCAUUAUCACGCUCUCCUUCUUGACAUUUAUUUGUUGGAUCAUUAUUUGUGAAGUGUUGCCAAAUCCUCCAGCAGUCUUCAACAAUGUCAAUGGUAAAUUAUACAUUUGCUUAAAAAUUGCCAUUUCUGUUAUCGUUGUUGCAUGUCCCUGUGCGUUAGGAUUAGCUGCUCCAACUGCUGUCAUGGUUGGUACUGGUGUUGGGGCCUCUAAUGGUGUUUUAAUUAAAGGUGGUGAAGUUUUAGAAACUGCUAAUAAUGUUGAUGUUUUGCUAUUCGACAAAACUGGUACUUUAACAAUAGGAUCUAUGAUUGUUUCCAAUUUCCGUGUUUUUGGUGAUUGGGCCGAAAGUUUGGUUUUAGAAUUAGUGGGUGCGGUCGAAGCUAAGAGUGAACAUCCUAUUGGGGUUGCUAUUACUAAACAUGCAACUGAGGUUUUAGGUCCAUUGAAUACUGUCAUUGAUUCAUCUGAAGUGAAAAUUGGUAAAGGUAUAAUUGCCAAUGUUUCUCUGAAUGGUAAAAAAUAUGAAGUUGCUAUUGGUAAUCUGAAAACAUUUUCAGAUGACUUUUUAAAGGAAAAUACAGAUAGAUUAAAUGUUGAUUCAGAUAACACAGUGGCCCAUAUUGCAAUCAAUAAUCAAUACGUCGGUUAUUUGGAAUUAGAAGAUGCAGUAAAGAAAGAUUCAGCUACCGUUAUAAAUUUUUUGAAAUAUGAAGGUUAUGAAGUGGCUAUGGUUACUGGUGAUUCUGCUAAAGCUGCAAACAAAAUCGCCGCUCAAGUUGGUAUUCCUUACAAAAAUGUUUAUUCUGAAAUUUCACCAUACGGUAAAGAACAACUAGUUCGUGAUUUCCAAUCUCGUGGAUUAAAAGUUGCUUUUAUUGGUGAUGGUAUUAAUGAUUCUCCUGCUUUGGCACAAUCAGAUUUGGGUAUUGCUAUUGCUUCGGGUACAGAUAUCGCAUUAGAAGCUGCUGAUAUCGUCUUUUUGAAUAAUGAAUUGAAACUAAAUGGUAUCUCAUCAGCUUUAUCCAUCUCAAACUCUACAUUGAGAAGAAUCAAAUGGAACUUGUUUUGGUCUUGUGUUUACAAUAUGACAAUGUUGCCUAUUGCCAUGGGUGUUUUAAUUCCUUGGGGUAUCCAAUUGAGUCCUCUGGCUGCUGGUGCUGCUAUGGCAUUCAGUUCUGUUAGUGUUGUUUUAAGUUCACUGUGGUUGAAAAGAUGGACUCCACCAGAUAUCUCCAAGUAU